AGCUGUGAGCGUGUGUACGCAAGCCAGCUCCUGCGUGUAGGGCGAAUGUGGGUUCGGAGGAAUGCACCCAAUGGGCGCUCAUAUUCAUCCGUCGCCGUCAACACCGCCACCACCAUUGCUGACCUUCUGGGGCCGCACUCGGCUGCUGCGGCGGCGGGUGAUGGAGUGGGGCUGGGCGGUGGCAGCGGCGUUGCGGCGCUAGCAGCGAGCGGCGGGGGCGCGCGAGCGGCGACUGGAGGUGCAGCAGCGGAAGGGGGAGCUUCCGCCUUUGCUGGCGGCGGCACCAAGGGAGAAGGCAGCAGCAGGGCGAGGCGCCUGGGGGCAGCAGGGGCAGGGGCAGCAGGUGUGGGCGGUGGUGUCGUCAGCGGUGGGGGAGGGGCGGGCAGCGCAAUGGCCCUGCGGCGCGGGCUGCAGUCCUUCUGGGCCGCCUACACCACGUCACUGGCGCAGAGGCCGCUGGCGACCAAGUGUGCCACGGGCAUUGUGGGCACCAUCCUGGGCGACCUGAUUGCGCAGCUGUCCUCGCAUGCGCUCGUCACCACACCCACCGAGGGCGGCGCCGCGGUCGCCGCCGAGCCGCCGAGCGGCCUCCGUGCCCUGCGCGGCGGCAGGGGCGGUCAUGAUGAGGAUGACGGCUAUAGGGCGGCAAAGGACAGGGAGAGCAAGGAGCGGGAGCGGCCGCUGCUGCCGCGGCGCGACGGCGGCGGCAGUGGCGGCGGCGGCGGCGGCCGCGGCGGGGGUGGCUUCCUGAGCGGGUUCAAGUACGACGCGGGUCGGGUGCUGCGGCUGUGCCUGUGGAGCGUGUGUGUGGGCACGCCCAUCGCGCACUACUGGUUCAUGCUCCUGGACACGCGGGUGAUGCCGCACGCGCCCACCAGCAACGCCGCCGUGCUCACCAAACUGCUGCUGGACCAACUGCUCAUGUCCCCUGCCGGCACGGCGCUGUUCUUCUGGGGCUUCCGGCUGCUGGAGGGCGGCAGCGCGGCGGAGGCCCGCGCCGCGGUGGCCGCCAAGUGGGGCCCCACCAUGGCCAUGAACUACCUGCUGUGGCCCGCGGCCAACGUCAUCAACUUCAAGUUCGUGCCGCCCGAGCAGCGCAUCCUGUAUGUAAACAUCGUGGCGCUGUUCUGGAGCGCCGUUAUGUCACACAUGGCCAACCGCAAGGAGCCCGACAAGCCCGCGACCGGCAGUAGCAGCAGCACCAGCGGGGGCGGAGCCGGCAGUAGCAGCACCAUCGAAUUCGCUACUGCCACUCAUCACAGCGGCCUGCCGCCAAGCAAGUUCGCCGGGUCGGGCGCCGCCCACGCUUCCACACGUUUCGCCACUGGCGGAGCAGCCCUGCUGACGUCAGGAUCCAUGCGGACGCGUGGCGGCGCCGCCGCGGCGGCGGCGGCAGCCGCUGCUGAGCCUGCCGGCCCCAAUGCGGCCGCCGCCGGCACUGCCAACACGUGCGCCUCCAGCGAUAGCCCCAUGCAUCCGACUCAGCAGUACCUCUCCUGGAAUAUGGCGGCGGCACCCGCCGGAGGCAGCGCAAGGGGUCGCGUCAGCGGUGGCGGCGAUCGUGGCGGCGGCGGCGCCGCCGAAGGAGGAGCCGCGGGUGUUGCGCUGGGAGCCGCUGCUUCGCCGGGCGGCGCGCCGGCUGCGGCUGCAAUGGAAGCGGCGCCGCCUUCGCCGUCGAAGUUGUCGUACUUUGCACGCAAGGCCGGUGGCGGCGGCGGCGGAUUGCUGGCCAUAAUGUGAGGCUGCCCAGGUAGCGAUGGCGGGGGCGAGCCUGUGACAACCACAAGGUGUGGUGUGUGGAUGUGUGGGUGGUGUACUGGUGUGAAAACAAGGCAUGUGGAGAGAAGGCGGCUGCGGCGGCAGGAGAUGGGCGCGUGCGGUAGUGGCCCCAUCUUGACUCACCCAAGUGUGUGUUCCAACCGUCAAUCAAGCUUGAUUGCCGGUUGGGAACUCUGUGGAAUGGUGCUAGGCUGAAAGGCUGGCCGUGUUGGCCCGUUUAGGUGUCCGAGGCAUUGAGGUACUGGAGCGCUGCUGCCGGUGUGUUGCUGAUGCAGCGUUAAAUGCUGUGCCAGCUGCAAUCAUUCAGCAAGGCGGCGCUGAUGGCGAUUGGCCAACUGCUCGAGAUAGCAAGGGAAAGUGAAGGCACCCCUGCGCCCGGUGCGGACAGGGGGCGAGCUAACUCUCGUG